AUGGACGACACCUCGUUUACGCUCUCGCCAAUGUCGAUGCCGCCGACGCCGGCGCACCUCGGCUCGCACUCGCUGACGGGCCGGGGCCGGAACUCGCGAGCGCUGCUGGAUGAUGCGCACGAGAUGGUGGCACUGUUGUCGCAGCUUGCGCGAAUCACGCAGCAGCCACAGCCGCAACUCCAGCCGCAACUCCAGUCACAGCUCCAGUCACAGCUCCAGCCGCAGCUUCAGCCGCAGCCACAGCUCCAGCAGGCGCCGUCGGUGCCUGUGGUCGGGACGGGGGUGGUACUGCCGCACGAGGCGCUCAACAUUAUGGCGGCACUACAGGCCGAGUCGGAUGCCCGGGCGCAAGAGGUGCAAGAUCUGCGCGAGGCUGCGCAUGCGCGCGAGACCGAGAUGCGCGAGGCCGAGGCGCUGUUGGCCGAGUCGGAGGCGCGGAUCCGGGAGCAGGAUGACAUCAUUGCACAGCUUGUGGAGCACAACGAGGGCCUGAUGGAGGAGCGGGAGGUGCUGCGCGACAAGGUGCGUGCGCUGCGCGAGGAGCGUAACUCACUCCGCAGCUCGAGCGCGGCGGUCCAGGACGCGGCCAAGGCUCACAAGCGCGAACGGCCUGCACAAGGUCAAGGCGAGUAA